AAAACAGUAAUUGUAACAUAGUUAUGCAACUUGGAAAGCUCGGAAACUUCUCCUCUCUCUCUCUCUCUCUCUCUCUCACGUGAGAGUUCAUUCAGACCAAGAAGAUGAGAAAAGUUUGUCUUGCAUGCAACAAUCAAAUCCACUAAUUCUUCCAACUAGGAUUUUAGGCUCGUGUUAACUUGCUACUAAAAUACUCAAUGGAUGUAGAAUUUACAUAAUAGUUUGAAGUUCAGUUGAAGAAGCUCACUGAGAUUUAUUUCUCAUCCCGUUUAGUUUCUUUAUAUUUCAGAUAAGCAGGUUGGGAAAGGUAAAGGCAAAAUAGUGUAGCUUUUGAAGAUUAUCUCUUUAUGCUAAUUUGUAUUUUGCAUAUGUUAUGACUUAUUACUUUGUUUAUGUACUUUCUAAAAGAAUUGUACCUUGUACUCGUGUUAAAAAAAGUGUGUUGUAGUACCUAUGAUUUAACGCCUUAAAUCCAUCCGAUCUGAACUGUUUAUAGUCAUGGCUCCUCUGAAUCCCUUGAACGUGAAGAAACAGACACCAAAUAUAUCAUCUCCUUCUUCUCAAGAUAUUCUAAUCCGCGAAACGCUGCGUAUCAGUGCCCAAUUGGCAUCCUCCACACCACCCCUCCUCGAUACAACCACACCAUCCACCUUGAGAUUCAUCUGCUGCGAGGAAAUCGAUGGCCGUCGAUGGAAUUACGUGGCAGAGACCAAUGCCUCCGGGCAAUUCAAGAAUAAUUCCUUUCGCUCUCUCAGCUUACAAACCCCAAAGCCUCCUCUUGAUGAAAUGAUGUCAUUCAUUACAUCCUACGUUGUUCCCGAAGGUUUCCCUCACACUGUUACCCCUUCCUAUGUCCCCUACAUGACUUGGAGGGCUCUCAAGCACUUUUUCGGUGGAGCAAUGGGUGUUUUCACUACUCAAACCCUUUUGAGUUCUGUUGGCGUCUCUAGAAACAGAGCCACUCCUGCUGCUGCUGCUGUUGCUAUCAACUGGAUUCUCAAGGAUGGAGCUGGUCGUGUCGGAAAGAUGCUUUUCGCUCGCCAAGGCAAAAAAUUUGAUUACGAUCUCAAACAGCUCCGUUUCACCGGUGAUCUUCUAAUGGAGUUGGGUGCCGGGGUGGAACUGGCAACUGCUGCAAUGCCACAUCUUUUUCUUCCUUUGGCUUGUGCCGCUAAUGUACUCAAGAAUGUUGGUGCUGUAACAUCAACAUCAACUAGAACACCAAUUUACAAAGCCUUUGCUAAAGGAGAAAACAUUGGUGAUGUCACUGCUAAAGGAGAAUGUGUUGGCAAUAUUGCAGACCUGUUAGGUACUGGGUUCAGCAUAAUGAUUGCCAAAAGUAAUCCGUCUCUUAUCACCACCUUUUCCCUCCUUUCAUGUGGAUAUAUCCUUAGCUCUUAUAAAGAGGUAAAAUCUGUGGUUUUGCACACACUUAACUCUGCAAGAUUCAGUGUGGCGGUAGAUUCAUUCCUCAAGACAGGACAAGUUCCCACUUUGCGGGAGGGCAAUUUGAAUGAGGACAUAUUUAGUUUUCCAUGGAAAGAUAGACCUGUUGUCCUUGGAUCAAGAAUCAAGGACGCUUUCCAAAGCCCUAGUGCAUAUGUUGCCAUAGAGCCCUUGUUUGAUAAGGAGAGGUAUAUUGUAACAUAUAAUCCUUCAAAAUCUAAGGUCCAUGCUGUCCUCAAAGAUCAGGCGAAGUCAGACGACAUUCUAAAAGCAGCAUUCCAUGCUCACGUGCUCUCGAAUUUUAUAAAGUCGUUGAAUGAAAGUAAGGGCUCGUCUUGGAAGCAAGGGGAUGAUCUUAAUUCAAGUGUGAUGCUCACAGCUGCUGAUCUUGAGGCUUGUAUUGCUGAUUCUUGUAAAGUUGUCACAAAUGCUUACUGGCUUUUCAAGAAUAAAGCCCAUGAACAGGGUUGGACAAUGUCAGAAUCACUUCUAAAUCCUGGGCGAGCUAGGCUGUGUCAAAGUUGAUAAUAGAUUAUAUUAACAUAUCCUCAGCUGACUGCUGUUGGAUUUUGAGUGCCUAAGUUCCUGGGCCUGCUCUGUAUGAGAAAUGAGUCAGGCAAUUUCCACUGUGUAAAGAGGAGUCACAAUCCUCAAGUUGAUCAUGCUAUCUUUGAAGCUCAAAAGCCAAGUGAACUUUCCUGUGGAGGCAUGCAUACAUAAUUUUAAACAGAAUUAGUUAUAAGAUUGAGUUGUUAGCGUGGCGCAUCACCACAUAGAUACCAAUGUGCUUAAAGGACCCCCUCUCCCCCAAAAAAAGUUGUAUUGCUAUGUUGUUUCUAUAUUCUUCUUUUUUCUUAGUUCUUUUUGCCGCGGUGAUCACUCCAUUGAAGUUUUUUAGUUUCAAUUUUGCAUGAUUUUAAAGUUGAGUAGAGUUUGUCAACUUGUUCAUAUAUAAACAAUAAAAGAUCAGUGUAAUAUGCAUGAUGCAUGCUAACGGUAAUGCACGCUUCAGGGCAUUAUAUUACUGAUCUUUUCAAUAAUCUAUUGAUUUUAAAGUUGAGUUCGUAAA